AGUCUUGGCAGAUCACUUGUAGGUAUGAGUAAUACGAGUCACGCCAGCUCGUCCUUGUUCAAUUUUACUACCUUUAUUUUAGAGGAUAGAAUUAUUUGUAUUAUCUCAGUAAUUGGCCUCGUGUAAAAACUGUAAUAUUCAGCGCUACUGUUACUUUGUAGCAAAUAUACGUUUUAUAAAGUACCGUGACUUGUAAGCACACCAUUGUUCGCCGCGAUGAUCUGGUGGGUGCUGAUACCUUUGUUAUGGUUCCUAACGUUCCGGUAUCGUCGGAGGAGGAUGUACCAACUCGCGGCUCGGGUUCCGAGCGUGAGAGAGCUACCUCUCAUAGGGGCGGCCUAUAAAUUCAUGGGAAACACAGAGGAUAUCAUGUCUUCACUAAAAGAACUAAGCUACUUCGCAAUAGAAAAUGGAGGUUUAAUGAAGGCCUGGUUGGGCCCCAUACUUUAUUUUAUUUCCGUGGAUCCAGUGGACCUGGAGAUGGUGAUGAGGACGUGUCUGGAGAAGGACGACCUGCACCGAUUCACGAGGCCGGUCAUCGGCUACGGGACUAUAUUUGCUCCAGUUUCAAUCUGGAGACAAAGGCGAAAGAUACUGCAGCCAGCAUUCAAACCAAAGAUAGUGGAGAGCUUUGUCCCCGUGUUCGCGAGGCAGAGCAUGAAGCUGGCUCGCAAGCUGGGCGAGGCCGGAGGCCGCGAGGUCAAGCUGCGCCCUUACAUCGGCUCCUACACCCUGGACACCACUUGUGAAACGACCCUCGGCGUGAAGAUAAACGCCCAGGAUGACGCCGUGUCCCCGUUCCUCGUGGAGCUGGGCCGAGUAACCCAGGUAGUGACGGAGCGCAUCUUCCGCCUUUGGCUGCAACCGGCGUGGCUGUUUCGGUGCUCCCCGCAGUACCGCCAGCAGCGAACCAGCUGUGAGGUCUUACACGGGUUCACAGAUCACGUGAUAAUGAAGAAACGCGAAGAACUAAAAACUCAACAAAAAAAUCCUAAAGCAGAUCGAACCAUUGACUUAUCAGAUUACGACUCCAAGUCAUUCCUCGAGCUGCUGAUUCACUUCUCGGGCACCGAGGGUGGGUACAGCAAUGAGGAGUUGCGGGAAGAAAUCCUGACACUCAUCAUUGGAAGCACCGAUUCUACCGCUUCCACCAUCGGAUAUGCACUCGACCUUCUGGCCAAGUAUCCUCAUAUACAAGACAAGGUCCAUGCAGAAUUAGACGAAGUUUUCGGCGACUCUGACCGACUCCUCCAAAAAGAGGACUUAAUGCAGCUGAAGUACCUGGACUGUGUUAUCAAGGAAACGCUCCGACUGUUCCCGCCAGCGCCGUUCCUCAUCAGGAAGGUCGAGGAGGAAGUUACCUUACCAUCAGGAUACGUGCUGCCCGCUGGCAGUGGCAUAGCAGCCUCCGUGUGGGGCACACAACGAAACCCCAAGUACUGGGGCCCCGACGCGGACGCGUUCAACCCAGACCGCUUCCUGCCGGAGCGAGUUGCACUGAAGCACCCCUGCGCAUUCAUGGCGUUCAGCAUCGGCCCGAGGAAUUGCAUUGGCCACCAGUAUGCCAUGAUGUCGAUAAAGUCGGCGCUGUCUUCGGUGCUGCGCUUCCACCUCGUGAAAGGGACGGUGGAGGCGGGGAACAAGCCGCACAUCCGAGUCAAGAUCGACGUCAUGAUGAAGGCCGUUAACGGACACGAGCUUACUCUCGAGAGGAGAAGGCUACGUCGCGCGCAACAAGACUUAUGAAUCAUCGGGAACGUAGAUCGUAGACGUCACUUUUGUCACUGACAGGUUAAUUAACUUCGUAAUACAGCAACAACUUCGUGGUGAACAGCCUCGUCAGCCUCACAGAUGCCGAAUUCUAUAUUGACCCAUGACUUUAGAUUUACGAUUACCAAUAUAAUAAAUGCUAUUUGUGCAACCCACAAACCAAUAAAUUCUUACAUUGCA